UUAAGUGGAGUAAUUAUUGCUCAUAAAAAUUAAUGCAAUAAUUUUCAAAAACAUUUGGCUAUAUAAACAUGCAUGCUACAUUGAGAUCAAGAUCAUUAUUUAUAAAACUCACAAAAGGCAAACAUCAAGUAGGCUAGAGAAAUGUCAUUGAGACGACUUUGUGAGAUGCAGUUUCUGUUUUCGCUUCCACCAAAACAAUUCUGGGAUAGUUUUUUCUACCAUAUGACUCUGAUAUCUACUAAGAUCCCUGCAGUCGAGUGGCAACGACACCACAUGACCAUUGAGUCAGUGGAUCACGAAACGAAAAGCAUGAGGCAACGGUUUACCUUCCCUGAAUUCUUUGAAGGCUAUAGGCUGAUUACAUCAACUACAAAAGUUAACGAUUCGCACACUGGCUUGAAUAGCAUCGUCGAUAUCAGCGUGGAGUACGAUAAGACUGGCCCUGAGAUCAAAGACCUUGACGAAGUCCAAUUCCUUGUGAGCUAUAUCAAUGAGUUGGUUGCUCGUACUGGUGGUCAGCUCCUAAUACGUUUUAAGUAAUGGUCCCGUGGGACGUAAAAUCGAUCCAAACUAUAAAUUAUAAGGGUUCGUCUUGUUUAUAGAAUAAAGGUAUCUCUAAGAAGAUAAAAUAGAUGGAACCUCGCCCCCAAAAUAUAUAGCUACAUAUAUUUUGUAAUGCAUGUAUCUACGGUCAUGUCCCAGGAGUUGUUGCACUAUCCAAUUUAA